GACUGUCCUUGACUUUGUGCACUCCCAACUUUUGUUUAUGUGAGCUUACUACGAUACGAUACGGUGAGGAGAAGGAGCAUGAGAAGCCACCGUGUCGGACUUGAGACGUCAUGGAGAUACCCGCAUCCCCCGCGGACACCGGCGGCAAGACCUGCUCGUCGCUGACCGUGGACGACGUCUACGAGAUAGCCAAAGGCGUCGGCGCCGAGCUCGAGAGGCUCAUCGACGGCUACGGCCAGGAGAGCGUCCUGGGCCUGGUCCCUCGGGUGGUCCGCGUCCUGGAGCUUCUCGAGAGCUUCGCGGCCAGGAACCAGGCGCACAAGCACCGGGAGGAAGAACUGCUCAGGACCUUCGAGAGCCUCCAGCUGCAGCACCGGAGACGCGCGGGCAACGACCACAUCAACGACAAACAUGAGAUUCAGGAGCAGCAACAGAAGGAGCUGCAGUGGAGGAGCAAGUGUGAGGAGCUGCAGGUCCACGUUCAGCAGCUCCAGGAGGACAACCAGCAGCUGCAGAGCAGGCUGAAAGGCAGCCAUGCGCAGGACGACCGUGUCCAGCGGCAGGAGCGAGAAGUGAUGCUGAAGCUGAAGCAGGUGGUGGACAAGCAAAGAGAUGAGCUGAGGGCAAAAGUCCAACAGAUCACCACCAUCUCCAAGGAGGUGGAGGCGCUCCAGGAGCAGUUGGACCGCUUCAUGAAGAUGAAUGCGGAGCUGCGGCACAAGCAGAGCGUGCUACAGGCCCAGCUCAAGAGCACGGUGGAGAGGAAGGCCGACAUGGAGGCCGACCUGAAAGAGAAAGUCAAAGUGAUCGAGAAGCUGCAAGCACAGAUGGACAGAACCAACAGCAAUAUCCAUGCCAGUCCAAGUCCCAUCGAUAGUCAAACGGAGCCUUCGGCGGACCACAAGGAUCCUGAUCAGCCGUGCUUCACCAAGAAGGAGAUGCGAGACAUAAUUUUUGAGAGGAACGAGCUCAAAACCAACCUCUUCCUGGUGCAAGAAGAGCUCAACUACUAUCAAAGGGAGAUUCUGAACGAGGAACGGUGUCCAGGGUUCCUCAUGGAAGCUGUGCGUUCGGCCAUCACAAAAAAGAGAAAAGUAAUCAAAGCCAAGAUGCUGGGAAUUCCUGUGAAUGACUGCAGCAGCGAUGAAGAAGACAAGAGUCCUCUGACAGAAGUCGACGGCACUGAAAAACCAGCAGAGUCACGUAUUAGAAACCUCUUUGGCUUCAUGUCGUGGACGGGCAGCGGCCGUAGCCCCGCCCACAUGAGCAACGCCACGUCCAGCUGGGAGAUCCUCGCCGACUCUGAGGCCAGUGGGGAGCCGGAGCAGCAGAGGUCUUCCUGAGACCGGGACAAAAAAAAAAAAAGACAAAUCUGCAAGUGUUUCUCUCACCUCAACCUUUGCUACUUUUACUUCACGCCUGCUGCAAGCCUACUAUGCAAGUGUUCAGACACACGUGAAUAUGUUUUUAAACAAAACACCUCCUUUUUUAUGCAUUUUAGCCUCUGUAAUCCCCCUCAGAUUUGUCUUUUCAUUCUUUUUUGUUCAGUUAAAAAAAAGUCAAUAAUCAUUAGGAGUGUGAACCUAACGAUUCAAUCAGAUUUUGAUUCCUGGGGAGACGAUUCGAUUCAAACUGAUUUUCGCAAUGUAUUAUUUAGUAUAAUAAUUAUUAUGCACCUUUUUUCAAAACAGGUUACAGGUUAGAAAAGUUCCUUCUGGUUGCAUGGAAAUGUCCUAACUUUUUCAGCUACUUUUGCACUCUUUUUGCUUAUUGCGCAGCCAUACACCUUGCAGACAUACACUAUAUUGCCAAAUACUGCCUUUGCUCACAUAUGAACUUGAACUGCCAUCCCAUGGAAUUGUCCAAAAUGUUUUGGUAACCUGGAGCAUUCAAAGUUCCUUUCACUGGAACUAAGGGGCCAAGCCCAACUCCUGAAAAACAACCCCACACCAUAAUUCCUCCUCCACCAAAUUUCACACUCGGCACAAUUGAGUCCAAAAUGUACCGUUCUCCUGGCAACUUCCAAACCCAGACUGGUCCAUCAGAUUGCCAGAUGGAAAAGUCCAGAGAAGGCGUCUCCACUGCUCUAGAGUCCAGUGGCGACGUGCUUUACACCACUGCAUACCACGCUUUGCAUUGGACCUGGUGAUGUAUGGCUUAGAUGCAGCUGCUCGGCCAUGGAAACCCAUUCCAUGAAGCUCUCUGCGUACUGUACGUGGGCUAAUUGGAAGGUCACAUGAAGUUUGGAGCUCUGUAGCAACUGACUGUGCAGAAAGUCUUUGCACUAUGCGCUUCAGCAUCCGCUGACUCCUCUCUGUCAGUUUACGUGGCCUACCACUUGGUGGCUGAGUUGCUGUUGUUCCCAAACUCUUCCAUUUUCUUAUAAUAAAGCCAACAGUUGACUUUGGAAUAUUUAGGAGCGAGGAAAUUUCACGACUGUAUUUGUUGCACAGAUAGCAGCAUCCUAUGACAGUUCCACGCUGGAAAUCACUGAAAUCAACAUUCUUUCACAAAUGUUUGUAGAAACAGUCUCCAUGCCCAAGUGCUUGAUU